CCUCACUAGCAAGGGAAAAGAUAUUAACAGUUAGUCACUAUUAUCGCUUUUGGGAUUCUUUUUUUUUUUUUGCUUGGGAACGUGUGUUUUUGUAUUAAAAUCUGCACUUCAGCGCGCGGGGUAAUCUUCGGUAAAUAACGUUGCCGGCUAACUUUAUCCACAACAUGAAGACGGCACAAUUCCUUUGAGCAAAGACGUGUUUCGCGAAUUUGGGAUGGUGGCUUUGUUGUAACCCAGGCUCCACUAAAUACUCCAAAGAAGUCAUCUGUGUGAGCGGUGUCACCAUGGGUCCCCUCACUACGCCCAAGAAAGGAAGAGAAGCAGGUUCCGUUGACCCCUGGACGCCGACCUCCAACCUCAAAAUGCUCAUCAGCGCUGCUAGUCCGGACAUCAGGAACCGAGAGAAGGAGCUGUGCAUGGACCAUGACGGGCGGGACAGUCUCGACGCUUCACAGGAAACUGAAAAUGGAGAAGAGUCCGAGAAAAUGAUCAGCAGGAAGGAGAAGAGUCUGGGUUUGCUCUGUCACAAGUUCCUCGCCCGCUACCCAGAUCACCCAGAUCCUGCCCUCAGCAACGACAUCUGCCUGGACGACGUGGCCACCGAGCUCAGCGUGGAACGGCGGCGCAUCUACGACAUCAUGAACGUGCUGGAGAGUCUGCACAUGGUGAGCCGCUCGGCCAAGAACCGCUACACCUGGCACGGCCGCACCAAGCUGGCCCAGACGCUGGCCAUCCUGAAGCAGGUGGGCGAGGAGCAGAGGUACGGCCAGCAGAUGCUGCACAUCCGCCAGCGUCUCCUGAACAGGGAGUUCGACUUUGACAUGGAGGAGAAGGAGAACGAGGAGGUGGUGGAGCUGGAGGGCGCGGAGCAGGGACAGAAGGAGCUCUUCUUCGUGGAGCUUCCCGGAUUGGAGUUCAAAGCAGCGUCCGUUAACAGUCGGAAGGACAAAUCUCUGAGGGUGAUGAGCCAGAAGUUCGUCAUGCUCUUCCUGGUGUCUGAUCCCCGCGUGGUCAGUCUGGACGUGGCCGCCAAGAUCCUGAUCGGAGAGGAACAGGGCGCCGAUCGAGACAAGAACAAGUUCAAGACCAAAGUGCGCCGGCUGUACGACAUUGCUAAUGUGCUGCGCAGCCUGAAGCUCAUCGAGAAGGUCCACGUGACAGAAAUGAGGGGGAGGAAACCGGCCUUCGAGUGGGUCGGCCCCGAAGAAUUCCCACAAGUUGAAGGCUUGGCGAGCUCCACGUCCCAAGUCACCGGCACCAAGAAAACCCUCCUGGACUCCCGCGCGUCCGUAGACAACUGUGCCAAGAAGCUCUUUUCGUCGCCUGGGACCAAACGCGGCUUCACCCGGCACCCCUCCCUCAUCAAGCUGGCCAAGAGCAUCCAGGACGACCGCCGCAAGAUCAACUCGGCCCCCACCAGCCCCGUCCGGAGCGUCCUCGGCGAUUCCUCCAACACUUCCUGCCUGAACAAAAUGGCCCAACUCGCUGCUAUUUGUAAGAUCGAGCUCGACCAGAAGUCUCCGGCCGCUGCUGAGGCUUCAGAGCCGCCUGCUGCUGCUGCUGAGACCGACUCCGCCGCUACGAGUCGAGCGCCGACCCCCUCUGUUUCGGCGAAACCGCCUCGGGCCCCGUUACUCACUCCGCCCCCCGAGACGAGGGUCAACGCCGCCGUCCACCUGGCCCCCCAGCCGCCGGCGCCCGUGGCCGCGGGCCCCGUCGCCUACAUCCCCGCCCACUGUUCCCCUCUGAUCCCGGUCCUGCUGCAGCAGCAGCCGGGGGGCGUGCCCUAUGCCGUGUAUCUGCAAUCGCCGUCCCCGAGGCCGAACCCCCUGGUCAGGCCGCAGCCGACCAGCCUCGCCGUGCGCUCCAUGACCUUCGAGGACAAGGCCGGCGGGCAGAGCCCCACGGGCCAGUGCGCGGCCUUCAGGGCGUCGGACGUCAGCCCCCUGGUGCUCAAGCGGUUGCUUUUAGACUCGGGCUUAGAGAGCAGCCCCCCAAAAGCCAAGAGGAAAGACCCGAGCUGUAAGGAAACAUCUCCAAAACUGUGUGACAUCCUCCAGGCCCGCCUGAAGGCUCAUCGCGGCGGCCAGCCCUCCGGCCGGCCCUCGUCUCGAGCCCUCCACCUGGACCCGGAGUUUGUCAACACGCCCGGCAGCGGCGUGGCCAAUCAGACGCUGGAGCAGAGCCUGGAGAACUUCCUGGACCGAGAGGACAAGUCGGACAACGAGGCCGGACUGACGCUCACGCCCAGGCGCCUCCACAGCGAGACUUUAGUCCCGGCCGGAUACCUGAUCCCCAUCUCCCAGCAGUCCCUCAUCAGCUACAACGCAGCCAUUCAAGACUCGGGGAGAGAAAGCAGCAAGGCCUCAACGCCGACUCACAACAUCUACCAAACACCCACCGCAGGCUCCAGACCGGCCUUGGCCCAGGAGGUCACGCCCAUCAGCCUUCGUUUCCACAAGCCCGCCUCCUCCUCCUCCUCGCCGCACGCCAUCCAGCAGCCCCACCGCCUCCACAGCCCCAGUCCCGCCAUCCUCAACUUCACCCUGCAGAACCUGGGCCUGAUCUCCAGCUCCAGCCCGGUCUCCGCCUUCCCCGCCCCCCAGACUCCGGACUGCGCCCCGCUCGGCUCGCUGGCUCUGCAGCAGAGAGGCAUGGUGUUCAUCAAACCCGUGUCCCCGGUGCCCGUCCAGCAGUCUGUCCCAGGGACACCGAUGGCCCUGUUCAGUGUGCAGCAGCCCCUGAUGACCACCCCCAAAGGGACGGCGCUCCCCCAGCAAAGCUUCUUCCACACGCCGGUCCCCGUCUCCCCCCUGGCCGCCAUGGUAACCGCCGGUGGACACCUGGCCGCCAAAACCGUUUACAUCCCUCAGAGGAAGCUGGACGUCGCCACCGAGGACUCGUGAGAGCGACCCCUCCCCCCCAGCCCCCGACGCCUGUGUGCGUCUUAAAUUUGAUGUCAUGUCUGCUCGAGCAUUUGACAGUAUUCAUUCAGUCUGAACAUUUCAGCCGGCUUUGCCCGUAGCUGCCGUGCAGACUUUGGCCCCGUUGGUCGGCUCAUUGUGACGCCGGUAGAAACGACUAACAUUUACACUGAACUUGUGUUUCUUGUUCAUCUUUUGUUUUUGUUUUCUUCUCUAUUUUAGUUAAUUCUUUUAUGGUGGGUGAUGUGAAUUUUUAUUUUUAUUUUUUAUUACCACGUUAAAGAAUCAGUGCUAUAAAGGGCAGAACACUUGGUGACAUGGAUGUUGUUUGAUCGGGCAAAUUGUUGACUGAUGAUUUUGUCUUAAACCUAAUGAGAAGACUUUUGCACAAAUGUACACAUUAACUGUCCGCUCUGUUACAAAUUAAUUUUGUUAAUGUGUGUGCUUAUCAAUUAAUCAAAUAUGUUUAAUUUAUAAGGAAAUCACCUUUUAUGUUUUGAUGUCCUGCUAAAUGUAAAAUGCUAAUUGACUUUUAAUACAUUUUUUCUAUGAACA